GCAGCCAUUGUGGGGUGGGCGUUCCCCUCGCCUCGUGCUGACACGCCCUCUCCGCGCUGCGACCGGCGGCCGGGGCAGAAGGUGCCCCGUGCGCGCUCGGAGGGGGAGGCUCCCGCCGGGCUCGGAUCCUCGCUGCACCGCCUGCCGGCGCCUCUCCGCUGCCCGCGCCCCACGCGCCUCCCGGGCACGCGCUCCCAGCCCCGCGCGCGCGCGCGCGCCCUCCCGCACCCCCGCGGCGGACGCACGGCCACGAGCGCGCGUGCGCCUCUCGGAACGUCCGCGGGAGCCGAGCCAGAGCGAGCGCAGGGCCGGGCGCGCAGGAGUGAAAAGGAGGCGGCGGCCGCGGCUGCGAGCAACAGAUCCGGACGCUGCGAGCUCACCCGCUCUGCUGUUGGGCGAUUUUGUUUUUGUAAUUUCCCCCAAAUCUAUUAAUUUGGAAAACCUUGCAUUUUUUUAAUGGCGCUGGCCCUGGGUCAGCGGGCGCUUUUCUCUGCCUCAAGAUGGGCUUUGCCGUUUCCGUCGUGGGCGCCCGUGGUGGUCUGAUUGUCAGCCUUCUGCGGGCAUUUUUAAGGCCAGGAGCCGAGCGCUGCGUGUAGGCAAAUCACCCUACGGAGCGGUUUGGCUUUUGAAAUUAUUGUUGUUAUUUUGGGCAGAGAACAGUCGACCUCGGGCACUCGGUCCUCUUUGCUGGAGAGGCUGCGAGUGUGGAAUUCCUGCCGGGGUGAGCCAGCCCGGUCCCGCGCACAGUCCAGGCGGCCCAGCGUGUGCGUCCUGUCCCCGCCGGCGCCGGGAAAAUGGAGGCUGUGAUUGAGAAGGAAUGCAGCGCGCUCGGAGGCCUCUUCCAGACCAUCAUCAGCGACAUGAAGGGGAGCUACCCAGUUUGGGAAGAUUUCAUAAACAAAGCGGGGAAACUGCAGUCCCAGCUUCGGACAACAGUAGUAGCGGCAGCUGCCUUCUUGGACGCCUUUCAGAAAGUGGCCGACAUGGCUACCAACACACGUGGCGGAACCAGGGAGAUCGGCUCCGCCCUCACCCGGAUGUGCAUGCGGCACCGGAGCAUCGAGGCCAAGCUGAGGCAGUUUUCCAGCGCUUUAAUCGACUGUCUGAUAAACCCACUUCAAGAACAGAUGGAAGAAUGGAAGAAAGUGGCCAACCAGCUGGAUAAAGACCACGCAAAAGAAUAUAAAAAAGCUCGUCAAGAGAUAAAGAAGAAGUCCUCGGAUACACUGAAACUGCAGAAGAAAGCGAAGAAAGGGAGGGGCGACAUCCAGCCACAGUUGGACAGCGCGCUCCAGGAUGUCAACGACAAGUACCUCCUGUUGGAGGAGACCGAGAAGCAGGCGGUCCGCAAGGCGCUGAUCGAAGAGCGCGGCCGGUUCUGCACCUUCAUCUCCAUGCUGCGGCCAGUGAUCGAGGAAGAAAUCUCCAUGCUGGGGGAGAUAACGCACCUGCAGACCAUCUCCGAAGACCUGAAGAGCCUGACCAUGGACCCCCACAAGCUGCCCUCCUCCAGUGAGCAGGUGAUCUUGGACCUGAAAGGCUCUGACUACAGUUGGUCGUACCAGACGCCACCCUCGUCCCCCAGCACCACCAUGUCCCGCAAGUCAAGUGUCUGCAGCAGCCUGAACAGCGUGAACAGCAGCGACUCGCGCUCCAGCGGCUCGCACUCGCACUCGCCCAGCUCCCACUACCGCUGCCGCAGCUCCAACCUGGCCCAGCAGGCGCCCGUGCGGCUGUCCAGCGUGUCCUCGCACGACUCGGGCUUCAUAUCCCAGGACGCCUUCCAGUCCAAGUCACCGUCCCCCAUGCCGCCCGAGGCCCCCACCCAGAACUCGUCCAGCUCGGCCUCCUCGGAAGCCUCCGAAACCUGCCAGUCAGUCAGCGAGUGCAGCUCGCCCACCUCGGUCAGCUCAGGCUCCACCAUGGGCGCCUGGGCCUCCACAGAGAAGUUGUCUAACGGGUUUACUCACUAUAGCUUAUCAAGUGAGUCCCAUGUGGGGCCCGUGGGGGCAAGCCUUUUCCCCCAUUGCCCGCCUGCCUCCCGCCUGCUCCCUCGGGUCACCUCUGUCCACCUUCCAGACUACAAUCAUUAUUACACCAUUGGGCCCGGCAUGUUCCCGUCAUCUCAGAUCCCUAGCUGGAAGGACUGGGCCAAGCCAGGGCCUUAUGACCAGCCUCUGGUGAACACCCUACAGCGCCGCAAAGAGAAGCGGGAGCAGGACCCCAGCGGAGGACCCGCCGCCGUGGGUGGCCCGUCUGCAGCUGCCGAGGAGGCUCAGAGACCACGGAGCAUGACCGUAUCCGCUGCCACCAGGCCUGGCGAGGAGAUGGAGGCUUGUGAGGAACUGGCCCUGGCCCUGUCGCGGGGCCUCCAGCUGGACACCCAGAGGAGCAGCCGGGACUCGCUGCAGUGCUCCAGUGGCUACAGCACCCAGACCACCACCCCGUGCUGCUCAGAGGACACCAUUCCCUCCCAAGAAGAAUCAGAAAGCAGAGCCGCUGCCUUGGAGGUUUCUAAUCGAACCCUAUCAUCAGUUUCAGAUGACGAUUAUUUCUCGGUAAGUGGCGACCAGGAGGCAGACCAGCAGCGGGAGUUUGACAGAUCCUCCACCAUCCCGCGGAACAGCGACAUCAGCCAGUCCUACCGACGGAUGUUCCAAGCCAAGCGCCCGGCCUCCACUGCUGGCCUCCCCACCACCCUCGGACCUGCCAUGGUCACCCCAGGGGUUGCCACCAUCCGACGGACCCCUUCCACCAAGCCUUCUGUCCGCCGGGGGACCAUCGGAGCCGGUCCCAUCCCCAUCAAGACACCCGUGAUCCCCGUGAAGACCCCAACCGUCCCAGACCUCCCUGGGGUGUUGCCAGCCCCUCCGGAUGGGCCAGAGGAGCGGGGCGAGCACAGCCCCGAGUCGCCCUCUGUGGGUGAGGGCCCCCAGGGGGUCACCAGCAUGCCGUCCUCACUGUGGAGCGGCCAAGCCUCGGUCAACCCUCCCCUUCCAGGCCCGAAGCCAAGUAUCCCUGAGGAGCACAGACAGGCGAUCCCAGAGAGCGAGGCCGAAGACCAGGAGAGGGAUCCCUCCAGUGCCACUGCCUCCCCGGGCCGGGCCCCAGGGAGCGAGCCCGCAGACCUGAGCCCCAGGGAUGCCCCACAGGGAGAAGACAUGCUGAAUGCCAUCCGAAGGGGCGUGAAACUGAAGAAGACCAUGACAAACGACCGCUCGGCCCCUCGCUUCUCGUAGGCUCACGAGAAUGCUGCCGGGGGGAAUGACUGUUUAAUAAAACCUAAUUUGUCUUAUCCAUUCCAAUCUAUAAUCCAACAAAAGAUUUUGUAGGCAACUCAGAAUACAGCUCUUUGGAAAGUACGCCACACCUUUAGAUAAGAAUUAAAAGCAACAUAUGUAACUGACAUAAUCUUGAUCUUUUAAUUUGUAAAUAUCGACAACUUACUUUCUGCACAUUUAAAAUUAGUUUCCCUAUUGAUUUUUCUUUUUUCUGAAGGUGCCAAAUUCCACUUAACUUUUUUAUAAGUCUUUGUAAAAUUUUAAAUGCAUAAGGGGGGGAGGGCUCAGGGCAGGGGAACCACGAAGUAGUUAAUAUCAGAAAAAAAAGGGGUAUCUUUUUCUUUUUCUUUUCCUGCAAGCUUUUGUAGAUGCAUUGUAGAAGUCUGGCUUAGAAGCAAAUUCAAGUUAUUUUAAUGUACAAACAAAAAGGUAAGAGGUAAACUCUUCACUUAA